AUGAUCUGCCCAAAGUGCAACGAUGUUGUUGAGGAUUUUGUGUUGUGCAAUAAGUGCGGUGGACAGUACCACUAUGUUUGUGCCGGGGUUUCGGAGCUUAGCUACAGAAAAAUGGGAGUGGAAAAAAAAGCCGGCUGGCGGUGCAUUACUUGCCGUUCACCUCAACUCACGGAGACACACCCCUCUUUGUCAGACGUGUUAAAAGAGAUAAAAAGUUUUCGUAACGAUUUUAGCACGAUGAAGGUAGAAUUUACUAACAUAAAAUCUGAUAUUCAAUGCACCAUGCAACAUAUAAAAGAAUUGAGCAGCAAACUUGACACAAUGGAAGCUGAAUUAAAAGCGCAAAAUAAUUCACACGAUCAAUAUUCGCGACAGAACAACAUAGAAAUUUCCGGUAUACCGACAAAGAAAGGUGAAAACGUCUAUACAAUAUUAAAUGACUUAUGCGCAACUGUGGGUUUUCAACUGAGCGAUCAUGAUAUCGAUUCUAUACAUCGAGUUCGUCCAUACCCAUCGAGUAGGACGGAAAGCAACAAUGAACCUACUCGGCCGGCGUCUAUUAUAGUGCGGUUUUGCCAGCGGCGGCGCAAGGAUCAGCUGAUCGCAGCCGUGCGCGCGCGCCGCGGCCUCACCACCGCACACAUCGGACUGCCCGGCCCGGCGAGCACCGUGUACAUUGGUGAUCACCUCACUCCAACGAACAAACUACUACUAAAGCGAGCACGCGAACUUAAACUCGAAAAAAACUAUUCAUACUUGCAAGAUAGGAAAUCCACAGACGGGCAGGGCGCGCGGGGCGGCGGCGUGCUCAUAGCGGCACGACGCGAACUGCGCGCGCGGCCCCGGCCCGAGUGGCGCUCGAGGCCCGCCGCCGAGGAGCUAUGGGUGACGCUCGAGCUUGACGCCGCCACGACCGCUGCGGUGGGGGCCGCGCGCCCCUCCCGCCCCGCGCCCCGACCCUGUCGCGCCGCUAACGUUUCCUCCAACUUGCAUUGUAGCUUGCUGUUACUUCCCGCACGG